AUGUCAGAGCACAUCUCUGUUCCUUUUCUCCCUCCAUUUGCUACAUUCAAUGUUGUUCGGCACGCAAUAUCGAUCGCUCACUCGAAAAGGUUCAAUCGGCGCAACAUCGAGUCUCCUUGGUACCCGGCGUUUAUGUAUACUCUCAUGCGUCUGCUAGAGUUCGAAAUCGUGGACGACCGUGCGGGUAGUGGAUUGGAGCAUGUACUCUAUGUGCAAUCACACUGCGAUGUUUCCAUCACAAGAGACCUUUGGGCACAACACAGCAUCGCCAAGCGUGUCCUAUCUUCCGAAUUUGAUGAUGUCAUGAGCGAACCUGAUGAUGCUCAUGAGUCGGACGAUGACAGUGACGGUGACCACAGCGGCGACUACAUUUCUUUUGAUGACAUGAACCACAAGGUAGACGAAGGGGCAGCUGCGGAAGGGGUCACGUUGCGCCCGUUGCCUGCACCUCAACCCACAGUUGAUCGGACUGCUGUGGAGGAUAGGUUUUGGGGAAUCUACACGUUAGACAGGGAACGCAAAGGUCAGGCUAAAACUGAUGCAGAUAACAUGGACUUUGAGCGUUCCUUUUCCUCAGACUCUUCCGGUCAGACAGAGCCUGAUAAAGGAGGCAUCCAUACAAUCCCUGAUACCUCAGUCGCACAUACUAUCGCCAAAGGGCUCCGUCGUGAUGGACAUUCAAAAAUGAUUCACCAAUGCAUCAUCUUAAUCCAGGAAGACAAACCGGCGCCACCUAGAACAGCCUCCCCAGUCAAGGUCAGCCGAGCGAUGUACCGCCAUUUUUCUGUAGCCUAUCAGCAACUCGCAUUAUAUAUUGCGGUGUACUUCGAGAAAGAACCUGCCGCCAAAUCAGUACUUGCGAUCGCUUCUACCGGACCCUACUGGCGCUGGAUGAAAGUCCAGCCAGACCAAGUUCCAUCUUUGGCAUUCAUGAAUAAAUAUGGGCACAGAAUGCUAGACAAGCAGGUUGUUGACCCAGACGACAUUGCGGAUUCAAUCUUACUCUCCAAUUUCAUCAAACUUUUCAAAGCUACCGAGUUUUACGAACUCGGCAAAGCCCCGUCGGAUACGGCUCUGAAUAAACUUCGAGCUGACAAGAUUGUCCCCCUCCUGCGGGCGUGCUCAGGGUUCAAGCCUAGUAGAUCUCAACCUCUUCCCCCCGAUAAUAUCCCCCAACCCAUCCAUUCUGCUGAAGAAGACACAGAUGAAGGAAUGGAUCUAGAUUAUGAUUAG